CCAAUCUCAAAAGACUGGUUCCCCACGCCGGGGCUACCACUCGCCAGGUAUCACAGCUCGUGGUCUCACCCUGGCCCGGCUUCAACGACAAGUGGGAGAAACAAUAUCAUCUAUAGGGUCCCACUUAGGUUCUGCUGAGAACAUUGGUGACACAUACCUACUCUCGCUUUUACGCUGAUCUACGCCGGUAUAAAGUAACAUGCGACCCCUAUUAGUCUCGGGUCUAGGCUCUUCCCUCUGCUCACUUCCAUCUUCUGUUGUGCUACGGCCAGGCUAAAUAUGAGCACUGCUUUCUGACAUCAUUGCGAUUCUUCCCCGGGCAUUGAAAUGGGUUUCAACUUUCGUAAGCGUGCCGUCGCCGAUGAGAUUACUCCGGCUAGCACCUCUUCUAGCGAGGUCAUAGAGGUCACCGGCGUUGAGGCUCUAAAUACUCUCAAGGGCUUCGAAGAACAGCAUAAGCUUGAUCCCAAUUUACCUAUUGAAGAGCUCAACGAAGUCGAUGCGACUCUUGCUUCUGGCGAUACCGAGAAGGGCGUCGAGAUUGAGACGGCCCUGCUCGAAGAAAACAGUCCUUAUCCCGAGGUGCGCGCUGCAGUAAGGAAUUACGAUGUCGACCUACCAGCUAAUACAAUUCGUGCCUGGGUAAUCGGCUUGAUUUUGUGCACCGCAGGCUCGGCCGUAAAUAUGCUCUUUUCCUUGAAGAACCCUACUAUACAAAUCACCACGUACGUCAUCCAGUUGGUCGCGUACCCCAUUGGACUUGGAUGGGACUUGAUAUUCCCCGACCGACAGUUUAAUAUAUGGGGGGUUAAAUUUAACUUCAAACCGGGCAAGUUCAAUUUCAAGGAGCAUGUCAUAAUCGUUGCCAUGUCGAAUGCCGCUUACGGUGGAGGCUUUCUAUAUGCCACCGACGUCCUGAUCGCUCAGCAGGUCUUCUAUAAGCAGCACUUCGGCUGGGGCUUCCAAAUCCUAUUCGGCAUCACUACGCUUUGCACGGGAUAUGGCCUAGCCGGGUUGGCUAGACGUUUCCUUAUCUGGCCGGCUGCGAUGAUAUGGCCUUCUGACCUCGUCAAUGCUUCGUUGUUCUACGCUCUCCAUGAUCAUUCUCCUUCCGACCCUGCCGAGACGAAUGGCUGGAGAAUCAGCCGAUAUCGAUGGUUUUUAUACGUCGCGAUAGGCGGGUUCGUAUGGUAUUGGUUUCCCGGCUGGAUUUUUCAAGGGCUAUCUUACUUCACGUUCGUAUGCUGGGCUGCCCCUAAGAACGUUGUUGUCAACAAGCUCUUUGGGGGGUUGCACGGAUAUGGUCUCUUACCGACAACCCUAGACUGGACUGUUAUUUCUGGCUAUGCGCUAUCUCCACUCAUUCCGCCUUUCCACGCUGUAGCUAACGCCGUGGCGGGUGUGGUUAUCUUCUGCAUUUUCGUUUCCAUGGGUCUGCAUUUCUCUGGCACGUGGUACGCCGACUACUUUGUUGUCCAGUCGUCCAGUGCCUUUGACAAUACCGGUGCCGUCUACAACGUCUCGAGAAUCUUGAACGAUGAUUUGACCUUUAACGAACAAAAGUACCACGAUUAUUCCCCCUUAUUUCUUUCUACUCAGUUUGCCCUUACCUAUGGUAUGUCCUUCGCCGCCGUCGCCGCCGUAGUUGUUCACGUUGUUCUAUAUCAUGGGAAGCAAAUCGUCUCGCAAUUCAAGCUUGCCCGCAGGCAGGAGGAUGACAUCCACAUGAAGUUAAUGAGGAAGUACAAGGAUGCCGAGGAUUGGUGGUACCUUGCCCUCUUUGCUAUCAUGAUUGGGCUGUCGUUUGUUGUAUGCUGUGCUUGGCCUACAGGGUUCCCUGCCUGGGCUUAUGUCGUCUGCAUCUUAAUCCCAUUGGUAUGGACAAUCCCGAUAGGCAUUAUUCAGGCCAUCACAAAUAUUCAGCUCGGGCUCAACGUCUUAACUGAAUUUGUCAUUGGUUACAUGCUGCCCGGCCACCCUCUAGCCAUGAUGAUGUUCAAAAACUAUGGCUACAUCUGCAUGCAACAAGCCCUUUACUUUGCCCAGGACCUCAAGCUGGGCCACUAUAUGAAAGUUCCUCCACGCACUAUGUUCUGGUCACAGCUGGUAGCCUCCGUAUGGUCAGCUGUCGUUCAGAUCGCCGUCAUGAAUUGGGCUCUGGGAACUAUCCCGGAUAUCUGCUCUGACGAUCAACCCGAUAACUAUGUGUGCCCGAAUGGCAGAGUUUUCUAUACGGCAUCCAUUAUAUGGGGUGCUAUCGGCCCUGCGCGAAUGUUUAGUGGUGAUGCUAUUUACUCAUCGCUGCAGUGGUUCUGGCUCGUUGGCGCCGUCACCCCUAUAAUUACCUGGUUCUUGGCCCGUCGCGCUCCUAAGUCGAUAUUCCGCUUUAUAAACAUGCCGCUUAUUUUCGGGGGUUCCGGUUGGAUUCCACCCGCCACGGCAUACACAUAUCUCUGCUGGGGUACAGUCGGCUUCAUAUUCAAUUACUACAUCAAACGAAGGUGGAAUGGUUGGUGGAUGCAGUAUAAUUAUAUCACGUCAGCAGGUUUAGACGUGGGCCUGGCGGUUUCGACUAUUAUCAUCUUCUUUACGCUAUAUCUCACCUCUGCCAAGUUACCCAAGUGGUACGGGAAUUAUGAUGUGUUCGAUACACUCGACCAGACCGGGUUGGCAAUCAAGAGCUUUGUUGCCGAUGGAGAAACAUUUGGGCCAGAGACCUGGGCGUAACCC